CAUCAGCCAUUUAUAAGUUCGGGGUACUACAAAUGACGUUGAGGGCUAUAUCUAGUGGGACAUCCGCUAAUGUGCGAUUUGGAAGAACUCAAGAUUCACAAGCUCAGAAGUCUUCAGCGCUACAGUUCAGUAUCACAAGGUAUGUCGAAAUCUCCCUCGAGCAACUCGCCGUCUUGUAAAUUCAGGUCGCUAAACAUAAGCCAAGCUCUGUUCUAUUGAAACUCCGGACAAUAUGAGGGCCAACUCUUUGUCCGUAAUUGGGGUUGCUAUCCUCUCUGCGAUCACGACUCAGGCAGCUCCACUCCAACACAGCCGCGAGGCAACUGGACUCGAUAUAUUCGGAACUUCCCCUGUUCCCGACUCGAACGAUGCCGGGUCACGAUUGAUGUUCGUUGGCUUUCUGGAAGACCCUGUCUUCUUACCAGAAGCGGCAGUUCGCACAUCUAGCAGCCUGUCCACAGGCCUUGGAGAGACUUUGCGCACGAUUACCGUGCCAUUUACGAAACUCGAGGUCGACUGCAAGAGCUCUUGGCUUUUCGCGUGGCUCUGCACCCACUCGCCGCAAGUACAGGAAAUCAGAUAAGGCGCCGGAUCGCCCACGAUUUUAUCGUGGCUGCAGCGGCCCGAACGCUGGGAGUUUGAGUCGAGUUGAGCCGCAGAGCCGACACUGGGGUCGAUCUACUUAUGGUUGCUCAUAUACUGAGUGUAAUGUAAUAUAGCCUUGUGGAUGAGAUGAUGUACAUACCAGGCCUACAGUUAUAAUUUAAUACGCGCCAGGUGCUUGAUGAGAAACAGAAUAUCACCAAUAUCAGGACUGCAACAAGUUGCAGUGCCGAGGUUGCCAUGCCUUAGCCAAAUCAAUGUUUGCUGUGUUUAACAUGUUUGAGAUGUUUGCUCCAACUCACCUUCACCUCUCCGACUUCCGUUGAUCUUGAUCACGACCUUCAUCAAUCUACAUUCGACA